ACACACACACACACACACACACACACACACAGAUGUUCCAGUGGCGGUGCAGAGAGAGCGAGGGCUCUUUGAGGUCAGUAAGUAGGCUGACGUUGGACUCGCUGCGGUGAAGGAAACCUGAUAGCUCUGCUGUGACCUUUUUAUCAGUACACACCUCGCCCAGCAGCAUAUUAGUGUGCAUGCAGAGGUAGUUCAAUUACUUAAUUUUUCUCGUUUCUCCAGGAAAUGUGUCUCUCAAUAGUACGCAAUUCAUAUUCCGAAUGAGUGCAUCACAGUGGAUACUUUCUUCUCAGGUGUACUCUGUAUUAUUCUUUUUUUGCACUGCUAUAAAAGAUCAGUGUCUAUGGUUGCAUAAUAUGUGUGUUAAAAUGACACUGUCAUCUGAAAUGAUCCUUUUUUUAUACAUUUUUAACGUCAUGAUGGAAUAAUUCAUCUCUAGGCUCCUGUACUAAUCAAACGAUGCAGUUUAAAACUUACUCGCAGUCACCAAAUGAUUGUAACUUAAAUGAUAACCUAUUGAUAUGUUGUGACGGAUCGGUGAAAACUCUGUUUCCUUCUUCAGUCAGCUGACACUUCUCACGAAAACUAACCACCAGCCAUGUAUUAUAAAGGAAGCUUUCACUUAAAACAGUCCGGUUACUCUUUCUUCUCACACUUCCUUGUUAAAAGGAUGAAUUGUACAAUAUGUGGGUUUUUAUAUCGAUUGAAAGUACGAUGGAAAUAAGCGGAGAGGGGAACAAAAAAGAGUGGGAUUAAGAAAACGACACAAACAAAUACCCCACUGUCACUCUCUUAUCGCAGGCGCUUUGUGGCAGCCGGCGGUCUGGUACUCACUCUCACACACGCACUCAACCACACACACAGAGGUCCUGUGAUCACCUGACAGUCUCAUGUUGUUGUGUGGAUUUAGUUCACCGCUAUUCUUAGACCCUCAGCUUUGGCUGAGAGGAGAGAGAGAGAGGAAGAAGAAGGCUGGGGGAAAGACUGGCAGACUUGCGAUGAUGCCCAGCUGGCCGAUCCCCCAGCUGGAGCCCAGUCAGAUCCGUCUGAUCGUCUACCAGGACUGUGAGAGGCGCGGGAGGAAUGUCCUCUUCGACUCCAACGCCAAAAAGAAGGGCACGGAGGAAACCCCCAUCACCAGCACCGAGGGCCAGGCCAAGAUGUUCGGGAAAUGCUGCCAGCUCCGUCCGACUGGAGGCAGCAGCAGCUCCCUGGACAGCUCCUCCUCCUGCACCUCAGAGACCAAGGAGACCAAGGAGCAGGGCAUCCGCUUCCAGGGUUCGAGGUGUUCGUCCGAUGUGGUGAUGUUGGGGGAAAUGAUGUUUGGCUCCGUGGCUAUGAGCUACAAAGGUUCCACGCUAAAAAUCCACCAGAUCAGAUCGCCACCUCAGCUCAUGCUGAGUAAGGUCUUCACCGCCAGGACGGGAGGCAGCGUGUACGGCAGCCUCAACACGUUACAGGACAGCCUAGAGUUCAUUGGACAGGACGGCAACACCCUGAGGCCCGAUCAAAACACGGGGCCCAACAGUCUCCUGGGGAACAUAGGAUUUUCUCAGCUCUGCAGCCCGCGACGGGCCUUCUCUGAACAGGGCCCUCUGCGCCUCAUCAAGAGCGCAUCUUUCUUUUCAGGCCACAGUCACCCCAUGGACAUGCCAGGCCGAGGGCUUCACGACGAGAGGGACAGCGGCAUCGCCCGGUCGGCCUCUCUGAGCAGCCUGUUGAUCACUCCCUUCCCGUCUCCUGGCUCCUCCCUGACCAGCAGCUGUGCGUCCAGCUACCAGCGCCGAUGGCUCCGCAGCCAGACCACCAGCCUGGAAAACGGUGUCUUCCCCCGAUGGUCGGUGGAGGAGAGCUUCAACAUGUCCGAUGAAAGCGGCGUGCCGAGCCUCGGCGUGGCCCGGAAGAAGAAGAUCGCCAUCGGGGUCAUCUUCACGCUGUCGCCCAAUGCCGAGGAGAACAGCCGCUUCCAGGAUUUCUUCUUCUCCCACUUCCCUCUCUUUGAAAGCCACAUGAACAAACUCAAGAGCGCCAUCGAACAGGCCAUGAAGAUGAGUCGGCGGUCAGCGGACGCCAGCCAGAGGGCCUUGGCUUACAGCCGGAUGGUGGACGGACUCAACGAGUUCAGGAUGACCAUCUGCGACCUGUACACCAUGCCCCGGGUGGCCGAGCCCGUGUGGUUGACGAUGAUGUCCGGAGCGUCGGAGAAGAACCAGCUCUGCGGUCACUUCAUGAGGGAGCUCUCCCUGCUGAUGGAGCAGGCCUCCAAGAACCAAUUCCUCCCCGCGUUACUGACGGCCAUCCUGACCAAUCACCUGGCCUGGGUGCCCACCGUCAUGCCCAACGGGCAGCCUCCAAUCAAGAUCUUCCUCGAGAAACACUCCUCCAAGAGCGUCGACAUGCUGGCAAAGACGCACCCCUACAACCCGCUGUGGGCACAGCUAGGAGACCUGUACGGGUCCAUCGGGUCCCCGGUGCGGCUGUCCAGGACGGUGGUGGUGGGCCGCCGACAGGAGCUGGUCCAGAGACUCCUCUACGUCCUCACCUACUUCAUCCGCUGCUCCGAGCUGCUGGAGACCCACAUGCUGGACAGCGCCGAGGACGAGGCCAUCGUCCUGCCCGGCUCCCUCAUCACCACCUCCCUGAGGAAAGGAGAGGUGGAGGAGUCGGACUACGUCCUGGUCACCGUCCACAAGCCCAGCGGGGACUACCUGUCCCACGGCCGGCAGGCGGAGGCGGAGGACGGCAGCUACCCUUCAGACAACAGCCUCCAGAGCAGCACGUACACGGACACGGAGGUGGAGUGUGGCGCCGGGGACACACCCAAGGAGGAAGACGAGGAGGAGGAAGAUGAGGAGGAGGAGGAGGACAAGAGUCAAGGGUCUGGGAGCAGUGUGCUACAGACCGGACUCAGCCAGGGUAACAACCCUGUUAUCAGGACCGCAGAAGCAGCUGAACCCGGGGAGCCGCGCAGGGAGUCCAGCAGCCCGCUGGCCACCGAGGCCCGGCUGGAGACGGUGCUGCGCGUCGGCUCGGCGUCCCCCAGGGAGCAGGUCUGUGUGCUGGAUGCAGAGACCAAGGGGGACCUGAAACUUAUCGUCCCGUCCGUACCCACGACCCUCUCAUUAAGUCCAUCCCCGGCUCCCGUCACCACAGAGGUUACAAACUGUGGGCCGGAGGCUGGGAUGGACGGGGUGCUGGCUCCGCGAACCUUAGAGAUCCCUCUCGAGAAGAAGCCCCCGGAUAAGAACCCGACCGGUGCCGUACCGGUGCCGGUGCCAGCGAUGCCCGUAAACGCCGUGACGUGGCCCAUGGCUCUGACUCUGACAGAGGAGGAGGAGCCGGCAACAAAAGUCACUUUCCUCAUCGGCGACUCUAUGUCUCCCGAGUCGGACACGGAGAGCCGCAGACGGAAGGUGGAGGUGAUUUACAAGAAACACCUCAAGCAGCAGAUUCUUCAUCACGGGCAACUUUAUCAACGGCAACUGCCGCAGAGAGGAGCGGAUUCAGCGACCAGCAACACGGGCGCAUCGGAGGACCAAACCAAGCAGACCAAGGUGGCUCCGGCCCUGCAGCGGGUGUCCAGUAAGUGGAUGCCGACCUGUGUGGACGAUUUUGACGAGUACUUCAGCCAGGAGAACCCCGUGGAAACUAGGACUAUAGACGAUGUGGCCAAGCGGGGGGAGGCAAGCACCACGGACAGGACACACAAAGCCUUGCUGGACCCCUCGGGAGCAGUGGGGGGUCAGGGUGUGGGUGUCUGUUUAGCUCCAGGCAGUGAAGACGUAGGGUCCGGCAGAAAGGGGGACGCUUUGUCCGACAUCCAGAGGAGGUGCAGGUGUGGGUCCACAGAUUCCUCUGACAAGGGUCUACUGUCGUCGGUCCUCGUCCCGCCGGACGGCGCCAGCGACAGCAAAGAGGACCAAAAGCACAAGGCUGCGCCCGUCAACGACUGGGAGAUACCGCGCAACGAGAGCUCGGACAGCGCGCUGGGGGACAGCGAGAGCGAGGACACGGAGGACUGGCAGGAGGAGGUGCUGGUGGCCUUCCCGGGGUCGAAGCUGGUGGAGAACUACUCGAAGCCGAGCAUCGCCAACUUUGGCCGCUCUCUUUUCGGAGGCUACUGCCCCACCUACGUGCCAGACUUUGUACUGCAUGGGUUGCCCACCGACGAGAAGCUGCGGCAGUGCCUCAUGGCCGAGUUAUCCCACGCUGUUCAGCAUCCAGUGCUGGAUGAGCCCAUAGCGGAGGCCGUCUGCAUUAUAGCAGACACAGACAAGUGGUCGGUGCAGGUCGCCAGCAGUCAGAGACGAGCCACGGAUGUCAACAAGCUGGGGAAGGAGGUCCUGGUGUCCAGCCUGGUGUCCAGCCUGCUGCAGUCCACUCAGCAGCUCUACAAACUCAACCUGUCACCCAACUUUUGUAUCAUGCACCUCGAGGACCGCCUGCAGGAAAUCUACUUCAAGAGCAAGAUGCUCGCUGAGUAUUUGAAAGGCCAGACGAGAGUCCACGUGAAGGAGCUGGGCAUGGUGUUAGGAAUCGAGUCCAGCGACCUCCCCCUGUUGGCGGCCGUGGCCAGCACGCACUCCCCCUACGUGGCCCAGAUCCUGCUAUGAGCCCCGUCAGACCCGAGGAGUCCCCCGUCAGGCCAGAGGAGGCCCCCGUCAGACCCGAGGAGCACCCAUUCUGGACCCCCUAAAACUAAAAAAACACAACAAGCGUGACCCCUGACGUGGUGUCCUGAUGGUUCAAGUGGGAUCUUUAGCAUCCGAGGCCUGAGCCCUCAACGUGGUGUAAUGCAGAUGUUGCACCACAGGGAGGGGGGGGGGACCUGACCUGACCUCCUCCAGCUGUUUGAAUGUUGAACACAGAAACUCUCUUUUUAUUUUUGGACACAAAAGCCAAAGACUUUAUACAUUUAGUUUUUUCCAGUUGAGGAAUGAAACUUUAAAGACGUCGACAGGAUGACGGUGGAUAUAGUUUCUCCGCCUGCUCUUUGUUUUUCUCCUCUCUGUACAAUCUCAAACCCAACGGACUACACGUGAAACAUUACUUUGAGGUAAAUAUCACCGAGAUCAUCAUCAGUCUCACGGCAAUUAUGUUAUUUCACUUAUUUUCAUGUUUUUGUUUACAAGCCAAAUUUCCCUGAGAUAUUUCAACGACAAAUUUAAAUUUUUUUGUUUUUGGAUCCACAAACACUUUUUCUUUUCUUUUAAACGUCUAAAAGUGUCUUUGACAUUCUCACCACAGGUACAGCUCUACCUCAGACCUCGUGUGUCCGUGGACGACUCACAUUUAUUCUAUUUUAAUCGGAGGACGACGUGAGGACUCCACGCUGUGUUCUUUAAAUUCCCAUCAGAUCGUCGUCGCACAGACGUAUUUCUUUCGCAUCAGAAUGUGAUUACGGGACAAAGAGUCUCUGUCCACUGUAAAAACGUGCUUCAUCCGCGUGUUUUAAAACCAAAAAAUGCUGAAAUAUUUUCACACUUUUAUAGCCUCCUUUUUUACGAUGUUUACGACUUCGACGACAGAAAGAGAGUAGAGGAACUCGCCGUGGAUGGAAAUAUAUCUAUAUAAUAUAUAUCGGUUAACACUAUUUUUUAAACGUGUUUCUACGACGGUUAUGCUCACGAAAAUACAAAACUACAGCAGCACACCUUUUAUCCUCUUAGGGUUUUUUUGACCGUGACGUCGGCGGGUGAUUUAUGUUAUGUUUUUAUAGUCGGGGUGCGAUUUGAUGAUUCUCUCUCUUUGGAUUCUCUCCCGGGCACAAAGUCAAACCACAGACUUUAUUCUGAUGCUUUAUUAUUGACACCAUUGGAAAUGCAUCUAAAUGUUUGAUUUUGGACAAAGUAUGGUGAGUUAAAGCUGAUGUAUAAGAUGAUGAUCAUCCAUAAAGGUGUCUACAGUUUCACUGCUUUCAGUCCGGUGAAUUCAUGAUGUUGGAGAGUGAAUUGCAGAUUUAAAAAAAAAAAAAAAAACACUUUCUUUCCCAAAUUUCUAUGAAUCCUCCUGAAAGACUGUAAUGUGCCUCAGGCCUAAAACCAGCGUUUCUUUCUUUCUCUAAACUCAGAUCGCACCCCGUCGCUGACCCGAGUCUUAAAGCUCACCUCGUCUCUUUGUCUCUGCGUUUUGAAGACGCUCCGCUGUAUCGGCCCACGUUGUGUACCAGCCGUCAUGUUUAAACAGAGGUGUGACUUCAUAUCUGUGCUCAUGCCUCUUUUGCGUAUAUGUAAAUUAUUUAGUCGGUUUGUCAAACGGUUCGUGUAAACUGCACAUACUCGUUUAUUUCCAUGUAUUUUGUACAGAAUGUUCUUUUUAAGAAAUGUCUCCUUGAAUUAUUUUUUUCUCCCAAUUUUAUGGGAAUGUUGUGCAAUAAAGAUGGCGAUUUUAAGAAU